AUGGGCACCCUGCGGGAUCUACAGUACGCGCUCCAGGAGAAGAUCGAGGAGCUCAGGCAGCGGGAUGCUCUCAUCGACGAGCUGGAGCUGGAGUUGGAUCAGAAGGACGAACUGAUCCAGAAGCUGCAGAACGAGCUGGACAAGUACCGCUCGGUGAUCCGGCCGGCCACCCAGCAGGCGCAGAAGCAGAGCGCCAGCACCUUGCAGGGCGAGCCGCGCACCAAGCGACAGGCUAUCUCCGCCGAGCCCACCGCUUUCGACAUCCAGGAUCUCAGCCAUGUGACCCUGCCCUUCUACCCCAAGAGCCCACAGUCCAAGGAUCUCAUAAAGGAAGCCAUCCUUGACAAUGACUUCAUGAAGAACUUGGAGCUGUCGCAGAUCCAGGAGAUUGUGGAUUGUAUGUACCCAGUGGAGUAUGGCAAAGACAGUUGCAUCAUCAAAGAAGGAGACGUGGGGUCACUGGUGUAUGUCAUGGAAGAUGGUAAGGUGGAAGUUACAAAAGAAGGUGUGAAGCUGUGCACCAUGGGUCCAGGAAAGGUGUUUGGGGAGUUGGCCAUUCUUUACAACUGCACCCGGACAGCGACCGUCAAGACUCUUGUAAAUGUGAAGCUCUGGGCUAUUGAUCGACAAUGUUUUCAAACAAUAAUGAUGAGGACAGGACUCAUCAAGCAUACCGAGUAUAUGGAAUUUUUAAAAAGUGUUCCCACAUUCCAGAGCCUUCCUGAAGAGAUCCUCAGUAAACUUGCUGACGUCCUUGAAGAGACCCACUAUGAAAAUGGGGAAUACAUCAUCAGGCAAGGUGCAAGAGGGGACACCUUCUUUAUCAUCAGCAAAGGAAAGGUAAAUGUCACUCGCGAAGACUCACCAAGUGAAGACCCAGUCUUUCUUCGGACUUUAGGCAAAGGAGAUUGGUUUGGAGAGAAAGCCUUGCAGGGGGAGGAUGUGAGAACAGCAAACGUAAUUGCUGCAGAAGCCGUGACCUGCCUUGUGAUCGACAGAGACUCUUUCAAGCAUUUGAUUGGAGGAUUGGAGGAUGUUUCUAAUAAAGCAUAUGAGGAUGCAGAAGCUAAAGCAAAAUAUGAAGCCGAGGCUGCUUUCUUCGCCAACCUGAAGCUGUCUGAUUUCAACAUCAUCGACACCCUUGGCGUUGGAGGUUUCGGACGAGUAGAACUGGUCCAGUUGAAAAGUGAAGAAUCCAAAACCUUUGCAAUGAAGAUUCUCAAGAAACGCCACAUUGUGGAUACAAGACAACAGGAGCACAUCCGCUCUGAGAAGCAGAUCAUGCAGGGAGCUCACUCCGACUUCAUAGUGAGACUAUACAGAACAUUUAAGGACAGCAAAUAUUUGUAUAUGUUGAUGGAAGCUUGCCUAGGUGGAGAGCUCUGGACCAUUCUCAGGGAUAGAGGUUCAUUUGAAGAUUCUACAACCAGAUUUUACACAGCAUGUGUGGUAGAAGCUUUUGCCUAUCUGCAUUCCAAAGGAAUCAUCUACAGGGACCUCAAGCCAGAGAAUCUCAUCCUGGAUCACCGAGGUUACGCCAAACUGGUGGAUUUUGGCUUUGCAAAGAAAAUAGGAUUUGGAAAGAAAACAUGGACUUUUUGUGGGACUCCAGAGUAUGUAGCCCCAGAGAUCAUCCUGAACAAAGGCCAUGACAUUUCAGCCGACUACUGGUCACUGGGAAUUCUAAUGUAUGAACUUCUGACUGGCAGCCCACCUUUCUCAGGCCCAGAUCCUAUGAAAACCUAUAACAUCAUAUUGAGAGGGAUUGACAUGAUAGAAUUUCCAAAGAAGAUUGCCAAAAAUGCUGCUAAUUUAAUUAAAAAACUAUGCAGGGACAAUCCAUCAGAAAGAUUAGGGAAUUUGAAAAAUGGAGUGAAAGACAUUCAAAAGCACAAAUGGUUUGAGGGCUUUAAUUGGGAAGGCUUAAGAAAAGGCACCUUGACACCUCCUAUAAUACCAAGUGUUGCAUCACCCACAGACACAAGCAAUUUUGACAGUUUCCCUGAGGACAGUGACGAACCACCCCCCGAUGACAACUCAGGAUGGGACAUAGACUUCUAAUGCUAUUUCUCUUACCUGCUUCUGCCUUGCUGAAGACAGCUUUUUCUGAGACACAGCUGCCAGCAAACCUGAGGGAAAGAGAGAAGAUUAGUGCUCGGGGUCACCAUGAUGCCUUUGAUCGAUGCUGCUCCAGUAACUACAGUGGCAUUAGGACUUAUUGCUUAGACGACAGUAGUGCUCUUUACAUGUUUUCUGUUUGAACCUAAAAAUAGCAGUUGACAUGGUGGUCCUGAAGCAAAAGCCUCUCACCAGAAAAAAAAAAAAAAAAAAGAUGUUUUCUAUUGUUGCAAUGAUCUUGCUUCGCUCUGACUCUAAUUUGAAAGACAGUAAGAAACACUCCAAUCUAGUAAGAGAGUCUGCACCUUGCUAGAACUAUCAAGAAGAUUAAAAAUAAUAAUAUAUAGGGUACGAUAGAUUUCUAUGGUACAAAAACUGGGCUCUUCCCUUUCUUCAAGUGAGGGUUGUAGGAUCUAUUACCGCGGGCCGGUGUAUAUACCGUACAAACGAGGACCACGCAUCUGUUGGUCACAGAGUUCAUGUCAAACCAGUGCUAGAAGUCCCAUGAUCUCAUUUCCCAGCAGUGCUGAUGACAAGACUGAAUGUUACCUUUCCUUUCUGACAGAUUUUAAAAAUUGACAUGUUAAAAGCACAACUGCUAUGGAUUCUGCUGAGAACUCUCAUAGCAGGUAUAUAUGCGUUUUUUCACAGAGGAACUGAAAAAAAAAAAAAGCAACAUGCAUGAUAUUCGUUUGUUUUUGAUAAAUUGGCAUGACAGAGUGGGGAAAAAGCAAUUCACAACCAUUUCAUAUUUUUUGAAAAUAUUGUGUUUAAAGAUGGUCCUGGAAAUAAGUGACUAGCAGCCAAUUGGUUUUUAUUUAUUACCUAACACACCCUCAAAACUGAGGCUUAAAAUAUUCCCUUUUAUAAAAAUA